UUUCAGAAUCGUAGAUAAGAAGAACAAACAUUUAUAGCAAUUUAGGAGGAAAGAGAUCAAAGAAAGAGAAGAAAAAAACCUAAAUUUGAAAAAAAAAAAAAAAUAAGGAGAAAGAAGUGUCUGGGAAGGGGAGUCCCAGGAAAAAAAAAAAAGUUUUUUUUUUCGGUGACGGUGUCGGUUUUCUGACGCUCCCCUUUUUGUUCAAUCUUUCUUCGUUCUUUCCCUGGAUGCCUUCACUUGUAUUCAGGAAACUUGCGGCGAUUCACAAUUGGAGGAGUGAGGGAUUGAUUAUAAGGUGCUAAUGGAUUCAAAGAACACCAUCUUAUCUCUCUGUAUCAAUCCGGUUUGCUUGCUGUCCUGGUGGUGAUCUGUCUUUUAAAUGAUUGACGAAUUCAUAGAAGAGUGUUGCCACCAUUAAUUCUGAGCCAAUAAACGGUAUUGGCAUGAACUGUAUGGCCGUGGCUCUCGGUCCACUAACCGAACGGUGCCCGCAGUUUAGCCGAUCUUCACAAAGAUGCAGACUCCUAUCUUUAACCAACCUCGACUUUAACUUUCUUGAUUUCAACACUGAACAAACCAGUACUCUCUCACACUCCUUGGACCACCGAAGCAUCUCUACUCCAUGCUUCUCCAUAUCCGGUAAUAAUCUAGAUGGCUCCGCUGCUGCUCCGCGCGUUGAGAUUCUCGGUGGUCAAAGAGUCCCCACUAUACGCACCCUUGUAGCUGAAGUAACCAUUGCUAUGGUUUCUGGAGCUCAGCCUUUGCUUUUACCAAGUGGUUUAGGAGGUGCUUAUCUCUUGCGAACCGAAAAUGGUCGCAGCAUUACAGUUGCAAAGCCUGUUGAUGAAGAGCCUUUAGCUUUCAACAAUCCAAAAGGAGGAUCUGGCGGUUUGAUGCUCGGACAACUAGGUGUGAAACGUUCAAUCCGAGUUGGUGAAACAGGAAUCCGGGAAUUGGCUGCUUACCUUUUAGACCAUCAAGGCUUUUCCGGGGUUCCACCAACUGCAUUGGUCAGAAUCUCGCAUGUUCCCUUCCAUGUCAGUGAUAGUGAUCAGGCCGCCUAUAAAGUUGCCUCUUUGCAACGAUUUGUGGGUCAUGAUUUUGACGCUGGAGAACUUGGACCAGGAAGCUUUACGGCUGCAUCGGUCCAUAGGAUUGGUAUACUUGAUGUGAGAGUCUUGAACCUUGACAGACACGCUGGAAACAUGUUAGUGAAAAAGCUACAAGACCAAGAUGAGAGUACUUGUUGUAACAGAGUUGGUGCAGCAGAGCUCGUGCCUAUAGAUCAUGGUCUUUGCCUACCUGAACGCCUUGAAGAUCCUUAUUUCGAAUGGCUUAACUGGCCUCAAGCUUCGGUUCCAUUCACCGACACUGAGCUUCAGUAUAUAUCAAAUUUAGACCCUUUCAAAGACGCAGAGCUUUUGAGAACCGAGCUAGUAGGCUCUAUGCAGGAGUCUUCCUUGCGGGUUCUUAUUGUCUGCACCAUAUUCUUGAAACAAGCUGCUGCAGCAGGGCUUUGCCUUGCAGAGAUAGGCGAGAAGAUGACUCGGGACAUCUGCAGAGGGGAAGAGAGUUCUAGUUUGUUGGAGAUUCUUUGCAACAAAGCAAAAGAAAGCGUGAGUUGUGGAACUGACAAUGAUGAUGAUUAUACAAGUGAAUGCAAUGAAGUAGAAGCAGAGCUUGAGUGUGGAAUUUUUCAGUUUGACGAUGAAUUUGAGUGCGAAGAGCUUCCAGAUAUGUUACAUGUGCCUUUAUUCACAAGAGUUCCAUUUAUUGCUGCAAAUCUAUCUGCUCUCAUGCGAUGUCCACCAAACCAGUGGAUUACUACAUAUGAUAAAGUGGCCAAUAUUGCAAUUGGCACUAACAGAGAAGAGGACAGGAAAGAUAGGAGUAUCGUGAGGAGCAAGAGCCACCCGGUCUGUGUGAAUCAUGACGAGAAAGAAGGUGUUUAUUUUGGGGACAUGAGUGCAGAUGAAUGGGAGAUGUUCUUGCAUAGUUUCCAGAUGCUUUUGCCUGAAGCACUUGAAGGUUCAACAAGCAAAGGACCAAAACCAAGAUUGGGAUCUUCCUGCAAAUUCUGAAGAAACAAUAUAUUCUUAAAAAGAAAGAGAGAUGACACCUCGAUUAAGAUUACAUAGAAGCAAAUGGAAAAUGAGACGAGCAAGCUAAGGCCGUCCAAUCCAAAAUUAAUUGUUAAUUAGCUUCUUCUUUCUGGUUUCUUUAUUUGUAUCACUAUAUAUAUAUUGUUAAACACUAAGUAGCAUAAAUAGCUACAAGAGAAAGAUUAAUGUAACUGAGGUACUGAUCUCAAUUCUCAAGUGAAUUUAUGUAAGUUCUUGU